CACGCAAUCCAUGGCUCUGACGUGGAGCGCGGGGGUCCUGGUCUUUUUAAAGCCCCUUGUCCUGCCUUGGGCUUCAUUAGUCACGCUACUAACUUUCAAGAGAAAGGCGCUCGACUCCCGUCUCCGUCACCCCCGCACUCAUUAGCGACUCUUGGCUUUCAUUAAAUGCAUGAUGAUAUGUAUAUAAUAUAUGUAACUAAGGGCACCGAUUAUUGUUUCUCGGAGAAAAAAAGCGUCCGUUAAGAAGCAGCUGCCAAAUUUCGCACGAGACCGUCAAUUAAAAGGACCCCGAGCCUCGACCGGUCGUCUUGGAAACGAAAACGCGGAUUCUUUAAUUCAUCAUUCUCCUGACAUAAGUGCAGAAGUUCGACAAGCCCCGAUCCGGCUUAACAAGCAGAUUCGAGAACAACUUUUUUUUUUUUUUUUUCCUUUUUUUUUUUCCGUCUCCUUUCAUCAACUUUUGCAAGUUUCUAACUUCUCGCGACGAGCGCGCGCGCCUGGCACUGCCCCGCAAAACUUUUUCUUUUUUUUGUUUUUUUUUUUUUUUUUUCCGCAGCGCUCCCCCGCGUGCGGUGAAUUCCUCACACUGGCCUCGGUAUAAAAAAGGGGGGCACGGAAAACAGAAAACAUGAUGAGCAAUAACGCGUACUACGAGCAGCAGCAGCAGCAGCAGCAGCAGCAGGCGCCGCAGUACUACCAGGGCACGGACAACGGAGAGGAGCCGGAGGAAGAGAUGCCCGCCACGGAGAAGGACCUCGCGGAAGAUGCGCCGUGGAAGAAGAUCCAGCAGAACACCUUCACCAGGUGGUGCAACGAGCACCUCAAGUGCAUCAACAAGAGGAUCAACGACCUCCAGAAGGACCUGAGCGACGGGCUCAAACUGAUCGGGCUGCUCGAGGUCCUGAGCCAGAAGAAGAUGUACAGAAAGUACCACGCGAGACCCAACUUCAGGCAGAUGAAACUGGAGAACGUGUCGGUGGCGCUCGAGUUCCUGGACAGGGAGCACAUCAAGCUCGUGUCCAUAGACAGCAAGGCCAUCGUGGACGGCAACCUGAAGCUGAUCCUGGGGCUGAUAUGGACGCUGAUCCUGCACUACUCCAUCUCCAUGCCCAUGUGGGAGGAUGAGGAUGACGAGGACGCUCGCAAGCUGACUCCAAAGCAACGGCUGCUGGGCUGGAUCCAGAACAAGGUCCCGCAGCUGCCCAUUAACAACUUCCAUAGGGACUGGAGGGAUGGCAAGGCCCUGGGCGCUCUUGUGGACAACUGUGCCCCCGGCCUGUGUCCAGACUGGGAGACCUGGGACCCCAACCAACCUGUGGAAAACGCCAGGGAGGCCAUGCAGCAGGCUGACGACUGGCUGGGCGUACCGCAGGUGAUUGCCCCAGAGGAGAUUGUGGAUCCCAAUGUGGAUGAGCAUUCUGUCAUGACCUACCUGUCCCAGUUCCCCAAAGCCAAGCUUAAACCAGGGGCCCCGCUACGUGCCAAGCAACUGCACCCCAAGAAGGCCAGGGCCUAUGGACCAGGUAUCGAGCCCCGUGGUAACAUCGUGCUGAAGCCUGCCGAGUUCAUUGUGGAGACUAUCGAGGCUGGACUGGGUGAGGUCAUUGUGUAUGUAGAGGAUCCCGAGGGACAUACAGAAGAGGCCAGAGUCAUCCCUAACAAUGACAAGAACAGGACCUACUCUGUUGCUUAUGUGCCUAAGGUUGAGGGGCUUCACAAGGUGAAGGUGCUCUUUGCGGGGCAGGACAUUGAUAGAAGCCCCUUCAUGGUCCAUGUAUCCAAGGCACUUGGAGACUCCAACAAGGUGUCAGCCCGUGGGCCAGGCCUAGAACCAGUGGGGAAUAUUGCCAAUAAGCCCACUUACUUUGACAUCUACACUGCAGGUGCCGGGGCUGGAGACGUUGGUGUGGUGAUCGUGGACUCCCAGGGAAGGAGGGACACAGUAGAGAUAGUCCUGGAGAACAAGGGGGACAGCAUUUUCCGCUGCACCUACAGACCAGUGCUAGAAGGACCCCACACCAUAUAUAUUACAUUUGCAGGCCAGCAGAUCCCCAAAAGUCCCUUUACUGUCAACAUCUCUGAAGCUCCGUGCAGCGCGCUGCCCACCGGGUCCCCGGUUCAGAUAGUCCCCCAGUCUAUUCGCACACCGCCCACAGACAAGGCCAAGAAAGUCCCCCCCCCGACUCCACCCAAACCCAGGCGACCAACCAGCAACCCCAAUGCCUGCCGGGCCACCGGGCGAGGCCUCCAGCCCAAGGGAGUCCGGGUGAAGGAGGUUGCCGACUUCAGGGUGUUCACCAAGGGUGCGGGCACCGGAGAUCUCCGGGUCCUUGUGCGAGGCCCAAGGGGAGGAGAGGAGCCCGUCAAGGUUCGAGAGCUGGGAGAUGGGGUGUUUGAGUGUGACUACUACCCAGUUGUGCCAGGAAAAUACACUGUGAUCAUCACUUGGGGAGGACAUGCCAUCCCACGCAGCCCCUUCGAGGUUCUGGUCAGUGAGGAGGCGGGAUUACAGAAGGUUCGAGCUUGGGGUCCUGGCCUGGAGACUGGAAUGGUGGGCAAGUCUGCAGACUUUGUGGUGGAAGCCAUCGGCACAGAAGUGGGAACUCUGGGCUUCUCCAUCGAGGGUCCGUCUCAAGCCAAGAUUGAGUGUGAUGACAAGGGUGAUGGCUCCUGCGACGUGUCCUACUGGCCCACGGAACCAGGCGACUAUGCUGUUCAUGUCAUCUGUGAUGAUGAAGACAUCAAGGACAGCCCCUUCAUGGCCCACAUUCUUCCUGCUGCUAACAACGUCUUUCCUGACAAGGUGAAAGCCUAUGGCCCAGGCCUGGAGCCAACAGGCUGCAUUGUGAACAGACCUGCCGAAUUCACCAUUGAUGCCCGUGCAGCUGGAAAGGGCCAGCUUAAGAUCUAUGCCCAGGAUGCAGAAGGUUUCCCCAUUGACAUACAAAUCACUGAUAAUGGAGACAACACAUUUUUCUGUGUGUACAUCCCAACCAAACCCAUCAAACACACCAUCAUCAUCACGUGGGGCGAGGUCAAUGUACCCAACAGCCCCUUCAGGGUUACCAUUGGAGAGGGAAGUCACCCAGAAAAUGUAAAGGUGUAUGGUCCAGGGGUGGAGAAGACAGGCUUGAAGGCCAAUGAGCCCACCUACUUCACUGUGGACUGCAGCGAGGCUGGACAAGGUGAUGUCAGUAUUGGGAUCAAGUGUGCUCCUGGUGUAGUGGGGCCAGCUGAAGCAGACAUUGACUUUGACAUCAUCAAAAAUGACAAUGACACCUUCACUGUCAAGUAUACCCCUCCUGGCCCGGGCCGCUACACUAUUAUGGUCCUGUUUGCUGACCAGGAAAUACCCAUCAGCCCCUUCCGUAUCAAGGUGGAUCCUUCUCAUGAUGCUGCGAAGGUGAGGGCUGAAGGCCCUGGACUUAACAAGACAGGUGUGGAAGUUGGCAAGCCCACUCAUUUCACGGUGUACACCAAGGGUGCAGGCAAAGCCAAGCUGGAUGUCCAGUUUGUUGGAGCAUCCAAGGGAGAGGCUGUAAGGGACUUUGAGAUCAUUGAUAACCACGACUACUCCUACACUGUGCGGUACACAGCGGUACAACAGGGAAAUAUGACCAUCUCAGUAUCCCAUGGUGGUGAUUCCAUUCCCAAAAGCCCAUUCAUGAUCACUGUGGCUCCUCCACUGGACCUUAACAAGGUCAAAGUUCAAGGCCUGAAUAGCAAAGUGGAUGUCGGGAAGGAUCAGGAGUUUGUAGUCAACACACGGGGUGCAGGUGGGCAGGGCAAAGUGGAUGUGAAGAUUACCUCUCCCUCACGUCGGCCAAUCCCAUGCAAAGUGGAGUCAGGCACAGCUAAUGACAUUCACACAGUGAAGUACAUCCCCCCUGAGGAGGGCCCUUACAAGGUGGACAUCAACUAUGAUGGGAACCCUCUGCCUGGAAGCCCCUUUGCUGUGGAAGGGGUCAUGCCACCUGAUCCUUCUAAGGUGCGUGCUUAUGGUCCAGGAUUGAAGGGAGGUAUUGUGGGUAAGCCAGCCCCCUUUGCCAUUGACACAAAGGGAGCAGGCACGGGUGGGCUAGGCCUGACAGUGGAGGGGCCAUGUGAGGCCAAGAUUGAGUGCCAAGACAACGGUGAUGGCUCAUGCUCUGUGUCGUAUCUGCCCACCGAGCCGGGAGAGUACUCCAUCAACAUCCUUUUUGCUGAUGCCCACAUCCCUGGCUCACCGUUCAAGGCCUUGGUUCAGCCCAUCUUCGACCCCAGCAAGGUGACAGCCAGUGGACCUGGCCUAGAGCGAGGCAAGGUCAAUGAGGCAGGGUCCUUCACAGUAGACUGCUCCAAGGCAGGCGACGCUGAGCUCACAAUUGAGAUCAUAUCAGACUCAGGGGCCAAGGCCGAGGUGCACAUCCAGAACAACAGCGAUGGCACUUAUUCCAUCACCUACAUCCCACCUUUCCAUGGCAUGUACACCAUUACCAUUAAGUACGGAGGACAUGCUGUCCCGAAGUUCCCUGCCCGCCUGCAAGUUGACCCCUCCAUUGACACCAGCAGCAUCAAGGUCUACGGACCAGGAGUGGAACCCAGAGGUGUCCUCCGGGAAGUCACAACACACUUUACGGUGGAUGCUCAUGCCUUGAAGACCAGGGGUGGCCACGUAAAGGCUCGGAUUGUUAACCCCUCAGGCGCCAGCACGGACACUUACAUUACUGAUGAUGGGGAUGGGAUGUACAGAGUGGAAUACACUGCGUAUGAAGAUGGUAUGCACUUGAUUGAGAUCCUGUAUGAUGAAGUUGCUGUUCCCAAGAGCCCCUUCAGGGUGCUGGUCACCGAGGGCUGCGAUCCGACUCGCGUACGGGCCUACGGGCCUGGUCUGGAGGAAGGGCUGGUCAACAAGUCGAACCGCUUCACUGUGGAGACUAGGGGUGCAGGGACAGGGGGUCUAGGCUUGGCAAUAGAAGGGCCCUCUGAGGCCAAGAUGUCCUGCAAAGACAACAAAGACGGCAGCUGCAGCGUAGAAUACAUCCCCUUCACUCCUGGAGACUAUGAUGUAAACAUCACCUUUGGUGGUCUCCCGAUACCAGGAGGCCCCUUCCGAGUUCCGGUGCGGGAGCUGGUGGACCCCAGCAAGGUGAAGUGUUCGGGGCCGGGUCUGGGGAAUGGAGUGCGGGCUCAUGUCCCACAGACCUUCACCGUGGACAGCAGCAAAGCCGGCCUGGCCCCCCUGGAGGUGCUCCUCUACGGCCCGACUGGGGUGGCUGAACCUGUGAGCAUCAAAGACAACGGUGAUGGCACACACACUGUUAAUUACACACCCGCCAAAGAUGGGCCUUACACCGUGUCUGUCAAAUAUGCCGACCAGGAGGUCCCUCGUAGCCCAUUUAAAAUUAAGGUCCUGCCGGCCCACGAUGCCAGCAAGGUCCGUGCCAGUGGCCCUGGGCUCAAUGCUUCUGGUGUGCCUGCCAGCCUUCCUGUGGAGUUCACCAUUGAUGCUCGCGAUGCUGGCGAGGGUCUGCUCACCGUGCAGAUCCUGGACCCGGAGGGAAAGCCCAAGAAGGCCAACAUCCGGGACAACAGAGAUGGAACCUACACUGUGUCGUAUGUGCCGGACAUGACCGGACGCUACACCAUUACUAUCAAGUACGGCGGGGACGAGAUCCCCUACUCGCCUUAUCGCAUCCAUGCCCUCCCCACUGGGGACGCCAGCAAGUGCUUGGUCACAGUGUCAAUUGGUGGACAUGGAUUGGGCGCGGGCCUCGGACCCACCAUUCAGAUCGGAGAGGAGACGGUCAUCACGGUGGAUGCAAAGGCUGCUGGGAAGGGUAAGGUCACCUGCAAGGUGUCCACCCCUGAUGGUGCCGAGCUGGAUGUGGACGUGGUGGAGAACUCAGACGGCACCUUUGACAUCUACUACACCGCCCCUGAGCCAGGAAAAUACGUCAUCACUAUUCGCUUUGGUGGGGAGCACAUUCCCAACAGCCCCUUCCACGUGGUGGCGUGUGACACCAUUCCUAUAAUCGAGGAACCAUGUGACAAGCUGCAAUUACAUCAGCCCUACGCACCCUACCAGGGCUACCCCCCACACUGGGCAACGGAGGAACCCGUUGCUCCCGCCGAUGGAAUGGAGCCUCUGCUCCGACCCUUCAACCUGGUCAUCCCCUUCACUGUGCAGAAGGGUGAGAUCACUGGUGAAGUUCGUAUGCCCUCUGGCAAAACAGCCCGUCCCCACAUUACGGACAACAAGGACGGAACGGUGACGGUCAAGUAUGCUCCUACGGAGAAGGGUCUGCAUGAGAUGGACAUCAAAUAUGAUGGGAACCACAUACCAGGAAGUCCACUGCAGUUCUAUGUGGACGCCAUCAACAGUGGUCAUGUGAAUGCCUACGGUCCUGGCCUGAGCCACGGCAUGGUGAACAAGCCUGCUACGUUCACCAUCGUCACCAAGGAUGCUGGGGAAGGAGGUCUGUCUCUGGCUGUCGAGGGCCCCUCCAAGGCAGAGAUCUCCUGCAAGGACAACAAGGAUGGCACCUGCACUGUUUCCUACCUGCCGACCGCGCCUGGCGACUACAACAUCAUCGUCAAGUUUGACGACAAGCACAUCCCAGGAAGCCCUUUCACAGCCAAGAUCACAGGGGACGACUCCAUGAGAACGUCGCAGCUCAACGUUGGCACGGCAACGGACGUCUCUCUGAAGAUCACAGAGACAGACCUCAGCUCGCUUACAGCAAGCAUCAGAGCUCCGUCAGGCAACGAGGAGCCUUGUCUUCUUAAGCGACUUCCAAACCGCCACAUAGGGAUCUCAUUUACCCCGAAGGAGGUAGGCGAACACGUGGUCAGCGUGAAGAAGAGCGGCAAGCAUGUGACCAACAGCCCCUUCAAGAUAAUGGUGGGCCAGUCUGAGAUCGGGGAUGCCAGCAAAGUGAAGGUUUUCGGCAAAGGUCUUGUGGAAGGCCACACCUUUGAGGUCGCUGAGUUUAUUGUGGACACAAGAAAUGCAGGAUAUGGAGGACUGGGAUUGUCAAUCGAGGGUCCGAGCAAAGUGGAUAUAAACUGCGAAGAUGUGGAGGAUGGGACGUGCAAGGUGACUUACUGCCCCACGGAACCGGGCAACUACAUCAUCAAUAUCAAGUUUGCGGAUCAGCAUGUCCCUGGAAGUCCGUUUACGGUGAAGGUGACGGGAGAAGGAAGGAUGAAGGAGAGCAUCACCAGGAAGAGACAGGCACCCUCCAUUGCCACAGUGGGCAGCACCUGUGACCUUAACCUCAAAAUCCCAGGCAACUGGUUUCAGAUGGUGUCGGCCCAGGAGCGGCUCACGCGCACGUUCACGCGCAGCAGCCACACGUACACGCGCACCGAGCGCACGGAGAUCAGUAAGACCCGCGGAGGGGAGACCAAGCGCGAGGUGCGUGUGGAGGAGAGCACGCAGGUUGGCGGGGACCCGUUCCGUGACGUCUUCGGCGAGUUCCUGGGCCGAGAGAGCCUGGGCACCUUCAGCGGGAUCCCCCCCCGACAAGAGGGUGAGGCGGCUGCCCAGGAGAUGAGCGCUCAAGUGACCAGUCCCGGGGGCAAGACGGAGGAUGCCGAAAUCAUAGAGGGAGAGGACAAUACCUACAGUGUUCGCUUUGUGCCUCAGGAGAUGGGCCCGCACACUGUCAAUGUGAAAUACAGGGGCCAGCAUGUGCCGGGGAGCCCAUUCCAGUUCACCGUGGGUCCCCUGGGGGAGGGUGGUGCCCACAAGGUCCGGGCUGGCGGUCCGGGACUCGACCGAGGUGUAGCUGGAGUUCCAGCUGAGUUCAGCAUCUGGACUCGGGAGGCUGGUGCCGGUGGUCUCUCCAUCGCUGUUGAAGGUCCGAGCAAAGCCGAGAUCUCCUUUGAGGAUAGGAAGGAUGGUUCCUGUGGGGUGUCCUAUGUGGUGCAGGAGCCUGGCGACUAUGAGGUGUCCAUCAAGUUCAAUGAUGAGCACAUCCCCGAUAGCCCAUUUAUUGUCCCCAUCGCCAGCCUGUCGGAUGAUGCCCGACGUCUCACUGUCACUAGCCUCCAGGAAACGGGCCUUAAGGUCAACCAGGAGGCUUCCUUCGCUGUGCAGUUGAACGGAGCGCGAGGCGUGAUUGAUGCCAAGGUGCACACACCUUCAGGGGCUGCUGAGGAGUGCUAUGUGACCGAGCUGGACAGCGACAAGCAUGCGAUCCGUUUCAUCCCACGGGAGAACGGCGUCCACUCUAUCGAUGUCAGGUUCAAUGGAAGCCACAUACCGGGGAGCCCCUUUAAGAUCCGUGUUGGGGAGCCGGGGCAGGCCGGGGACCCUGGGAUGGUGUCUGCCUUUGGGCCUGGUCUAGAGGGAGGCACCACAGGCGUGCCCUCCGAAUUCAUCGUGAACACCUGUAACGCGGGUUCGGGGGCGCUCUCCGUCACCAUCGAUGGGCCAUCCAAGGUGAAGAUGGACUGCACCGAGUGUCCCGAAGGGUACAAGGUCACGUACACACCCAUGGCUCCCGGCAGUUACUUGAUUUCCAUCAAGUACGGCGGGCCUCAGCACAUCGUGGGUAGCCCCUUCAAAGCCAAAGUUACAGGGGCACGGCUGUCGGGGGGGCACAGCCUACACGAAACCUCGUCGGUUCACGUCGAGACGGUCACCAAGACGUCCUCGGUGUCCGGAGCGUACGGCACCAUGCCCAAGUUCUCCUCGGACGCCAGCAAAGUGGUGUCGCGGGGUGCCGGCCUCUCUAAGGCUUAUGUGGGGCAAAAGAACACCUUCACCGUGGACUGCUCCAAAGCAGGGACAAACAUGCUCAUGGUGGGGGUACACGGGCCGAAGACCCCCUGUGAGGAAGUGUACGUCAAACACAUGGGCAACAGAAUGUACAACGUCACGUAUACGGUGAAGGAGAAGGGCGACUACAUCCUCAUCGUCAAAUGGGGGGAUGAGAACGUGCCUGGAAGCCCGUUCCACGUCACUGUGCCUUAAAGCUCGACAACUUCCUGCUUGGCCCUCCCCGUCUCCCCUUCCGCGCCCCCAGAGGACAUAUUCUCCAAAAACCAAACCGCAACAAUGCAAAGACGUUAUUAUCUCUCUCGGAAACAAAGAUCGAUUUUGCAAGUCCACAUUUAAAAUUCGUGUAUUAAGUUUCUUUUAAGGGCUUACCAUGACAUCACAGGGACAAGAUGCGUGUUCCGUGCCAAUCGUUUUCAGUUUUCUUCUCCCUUUUUGUGUGGUCUGCCCUCAAACAAAGCCUUGUCUCUUUUACAGUAUUUUUGUCUGCCUUUUUUUUGAUUUUAGAAUGCUCAGUGAGGAAAUAGUUCUUUCUUUUCUCCUUUUUAUAUUGGCCGAAUCCUAAAGGCAUAAUCAUAUCACUACUCCUUUCAAACGUUACAAUGCUUUUUUACUUAGCUUUCUGAAGGAAACAAAAACACAAAGUGCCAUUUUUAUAUUUCAGAGUUCAGAAGUACAGGCCGAUAUCUCGGAAAAAAAGCUCGUCGCUGUCAGCGGUUUAAAUUUCGGAUUUAUUUAUUAGAUUUUUUUAACGACAAAAAUUUGUCUUAUUUUGGUGAGGAAAAAAGAAACAAAACACACCGAAGAGUGCGGCAGGGGCUUCCUCUGUCACGUCGUGGCCCGGGAUGACAGAGUGUGACGUGGAUACGACAGAAGACAUGUCUAGCGAUGGUUACGUGACUGUUGAAACACAGACGGUGCGAUUAAGCAGUGUUAAAGAGUGACAUUUUAUAGUGUUUUUGUAUGUAUUAAAAAUGAAAAGAAAAUCUAAUUGUUUGAUAUAUUAACCUACUGUUUGGUAAGACCCUGCAGACUUAAUAAAGAUUUAACUGCUAACUUGCCACCAGAAAAGCA